UUAAUAGAAAAUUUAACUUUAAUAAAAAUGAGCAAAUUCAAUGAAAAAAUGAAAGUCAAAAAUUCUGGCGUGGAAAAUGACCAAGAAUACCAGAAGUUUUUGAAAGAAAGCAAGAUGCGGACAGAUAGGUUGCGGGAACAGUACAAGCAGUACCUGAACCCAAUCCCCCCGGCGCAGCCAAGUGAUCGCACGUCCGAUCACCAGAGGCCGCCGGCGCCUAUCAUAGAGAAGCAUUCCUGCUUGUCAACCAAGACAAAGUUUCCUAGGGGAGAGGAAAUAGUCAAGAGCACAUCCAGCCAGGCGGUGCUCGAUAUUCUCGCGAAAUACGAUAAUGUUCGUGUUCCGCUGCAGUGUCCGUGUGAGACGGUUCCGCAAGGCUGUGAUCCGGCACGCAAGAAGCGACGUGCUCCAGGCAGUGCUAAAAACACGGACAGUCAACCAACACCUGCCGCCAAUAAUGCUACGAAUCCGCAGGGCGAUCCCUCAGUCAAGCCAAAGAGCCGCUAUUCAAAGUCGGCGACCAAGGCAGCGGGAAACUCAUCGGCUAAGGCAGUCGCCGAAGCAGCGGCCGCCCAAGCAGCAGCCGAGGCCGCGGCCAAGGUAGCAACCGAGGCAGCGGCCAAGGCAGCGGCCGCCCAGGCAGCGGCCGAGGCAGCGGCCAAGCGAGCGGCCAAGUUAGCGGUCAAGAUAGCCAAGGUAGCGGCCCAGGCAGCGGACACUUCAGGGUCCGAAUCAAAGUCCGAAUCAGAUAGCGAAUCAGAGAGUGAAUCAAAAAGUGAAUCAAAGAGUGAAUCAGAAAGCGAAUCAAAGAGCGAAUCAGAGAGCGAAUCAAAGAGUGAAUCAGACAGCGAAUCAAAGAGCGAAUCAGAGAGCGAGUCAAAGAGCGAAUCAGAGAGUACAUCAGAGAGCGAAUCAGACAGUAAAUCAGAGAGCGACACAGAUAGCGAAACUGGAGCCGGAACAGGGGCUGAAAUAAGGGUCGGAACAGGGGUCGGAACAGGGGUCGGAACAGGGGCCGGAACAGGGGUCGGAACAGGGGUCGGAACAGGGGUCGGAACAGGGGUCGGAACAGGGGUCGGAACAGAGGUCGGAACAGAGGUCGGAACAGAGGCCGGAACAGGGGCCAGAACAGGGACCGGAACAGGUGUCACGACAGGUGCCGGAUCAGGUGCUGGAACAGGUGCUGGAACAGGUGUCACGACAGGUGCCGGAUCAGGUGCUGGAACAGGUGUCACGACAGGUGCCGGAUCAGGUGCUGGAACAGGUGCUGGAACAGGUGCCGGAACUGAGGCCAACGAUAAGAAACCGAACGAAGAGCCACCACGCGUAAAGCGCAAAUACGUCCGCAAGGCCCCUCUUAAACCACGCGCAACGAAGACACCGGCUCCGAAGCCGGAUCCAACAAUCAUCGAAGAUGAAAAUAUGAUUCCAUUGGAGGUUAAGCCGCGCAAACCUCGCAAGCCAUAUGGACCGCGGAAGAAGAAGGUUGAGCCUACACCUACUCCUGCUGUAACUGGUGCAGCAGCCGCUCCACCGCUUGAUAUUGGGUUGGCGCUGCCUGUAGCCCCAUCCUUACAUAGUUCAUUGCUUUCUGGCUUGCCUGCUACGCCCUUUAAUUCGGCGGCAGCAGACACCCCAACUGUGCCAUCUACUCUAGCAACACCUGUGUCAACUACACUGGCAACACCUAUGCCACCUGGAGAGAAUAGCGUACCAGCAGUUAAGCCAAAGCGCAAGUACACCAAACGAAAUCCGGCGGCUGUCAAGCCUCCUCAGGCUCCGGAUGCUUCAGCAAGUGACGCGCCGCCUAAGACGAAGCGACCUUACGUCAGAAGAGCUCCUAAGAAGUCGCCAAAGCCGAAGGCUUCUCCUAAAAAGCGAGGCAGGCCUCCCAAGGCAAAAAUGGUACCUCCGGAAACAUUCAUUCCCAAGCCGUCGGUCAAUCCGAUGACAACCUGUGCAGAUGACAGCAUAAAAGAUAUUCUAAAACGUGUGACUGACGUGGACUCCAAACGCCUUAAGCCAGUCAAAUCAACUGAGUCAUCUGAGCGGCAGCCCACAUCACAAAUACCAACAGCUCCAUGUCCAGUCCCAACUGGACGGCCUUCUGCAGAGCCAUUGUCGACUGUACCCAAGGGAAGCUGGCCACCAGCACGUGUAGUUGCACCGGGAGCUAAUACAAUACUCCCGGGACAAGCUAUGCCAAUGGAGCCCAAUGGACGUAGUACACUACCCCAGCAAUCGACUCCAGCUACGGCUGGACAGCCUAUCUUACCUACUAUACCUAAGAAGAGGCGAGCAUCAAACCGCCAGAACCCCACAGAAACUAAUACAUUAGUUCAGGAAUCGUAUCCACAACCAGCUUCCAAUAUAUUCCCAACUGGACCACAACGAGCUUCCGAGCAAUUCCCAACUGGACCACAACCAGCUCCCGAUCUCCCAAUUGAACAGCCUAUUGCAUCUAAAAAAAGACGAGUAUCAAAUUGUCUAUCUGUGGAAGGAACUAAUGCAAAGCCGCACACCUUACCCCAGUAGAAACAACCAUCAAUGGAUCAGCUUCUAGCAGCGAUUCCAUCAGUGCUGCAGAUGCCCACCGCUUCAAUGUAAUUGACAAAAUCGUGUAGGAGCCUCAACCACUAAUAAUUCAAACAGCAUGUUUCUUUUUGCAGUGCGCAAUGUUCAACACGCUAUAUUAUCAAUACAUAGAACAUAAUUUUUGUUUGAUCGUUAAGACAAAAUUCAUUGGUAUUCGUCAUCUUUAAAACUAUUGAUAAUAUAGUGUGUUGAACAUUACGCACUGCAAAUAAAACAUGCUGUUACAAAUUAUUAGUGGUUGGGGCUCGUAGUGGAAGUACAAAUAACCCAAAUCGGCUCUCCUCUCUCUGACAUCAACACCACCCACUGACUCAAGAACAGAAAACAUCAUUGAGUUACCGAACAAGACGCCUAAAGCAAUGUGCCACAAGAAACACAUCGCUUAUAAAGUGAGUCAAGUAAUCAGAAAUGGAUACCCGGUUUGGAUAAAUAAAUCAAGAGACUGCUUUUAUGUACAAAUGUAAAUUCAAAAUUACUUCUAAUAAAACCUACAGAAGUAAA